AUGGCCUACGUGCCAUCGUCAGACGUGCCGUCGGCAUUUCUCAUAAGUUCUGAUGCUGACGCAGUUCUUCUUGAUUUGCUGGGAACGUUCGUGUUACUCGAUGGAGGCUCUGAGAAAGUGCUAUUCACCAAGCAUGUGCGACAGAUUGAUGCUAACGUGAUCAGCGCUCCGACGAAAGCAGCUUUGACAAAUGCCGUGGAACUGAAUAAGGAAACAAUCGUUCCCCUAGUUGGAAAUAUUCCUACAGUCAAAUCAGCAGGCUCUGACGGAUCUGUUGCUAGCCUGUUGAAGCGCAUCGAGCAAGCAUCUGAAGGGCGACCGGUUAUUACACCAACACGUUUCAAUCCUAAAUACGAGCCCAUUGUCAUCAGCAAAUCCCUCCGUAGCGGACGCUUGGAACUAACCGUUCUCGCUGGUGAACCCAAAGAGGUAGAAGCACUACAAAAAGCUGUCGAAAGUGGUGAUGAACACCUCAUCGAGAAGGCUGCUUCCAGUCACGGAACCAUCUCUGUGUUGGUUUGGUUCCCUGCCAGACCAUCCGAUCCAAUCAAGAGAAUCCUACACACAGGCACAGCACCAUUGGCUCGAAUCAUAAAUGCUCUGGAGAAGGCUAGAGCACUACCAUUUUUGCACAGUCCCGUUGUAUCGGCGGCCAAUGCCUUCAAAGAAGUGCCUCCACCGGCAAGAAUUGCAAACUCCAGAGGAACGGUUCCAUCGCGGGUGUCGUCAGCAACAGUCAAAUCCAACUCGACAGCAGCUGCGGCCAAGCCUGCGCCUACAAAACGACCUGUUGCACCAGUUUCUCAUGUACCACCAGCGCGGAUUACUUCGUCGGCGGCAAAUAAGUCUGCUCCAGCGAGUGCCAAACCAUCGCCAGCUCGUCCUCCUGCUGCAGCUGCCCCGUCUAACCGUACGCGAGCGGUCGCUUCAUCUGCAGCGGUUAAACAUGCCGCUCCCACAAAUAAGACUGGAUCAUCUUCAAACAAUAAGAAGACGGUAGCACACGAGGCACCAGCACAGAAAACCACUGUAACUCCUGUGAAAGGGGCGGCAAUGUCUCGUGCGUCUGCCGCCAGCGGGAAAGCGGCAACAUCUGUUGUUGGUAAGGCAUCUGGUACGGUACCGUCCAAAGGUGUCCCCUCAAAAACUAACCGCUCUGCUCCUCCAGCUCCUGUGCCUGCGCCAGCACCAGAGGAGGUGAAAGAGCCAGCACCUACCCCCGUCGAACCAAUGCCUCCGUUGGACGAUUCCGUGGUUAUUCUUGACGACGUAGUGCCAGAUAUAUGCGUUGACGCCCCUCAAGAUCCAGCCUCAUCGGGUCUUCACUCUGCUGUGGAACUCCAUGUCAUUCCACCGACGCCUGAACCAAGAUCACAAUCAGGACGCUCGUCUGUAGAUGGUCCUCUAUCUCCUGCACUUGUGCCAAAGUUUGAUGGCGAUAAAUCACCUACUGAGCAGCACGUGUUGCCAAGUGACGAUGACAAGCAAGCCAACGAUCUUCCUUCUCCAGUUGCAGCUGAUACAGUUCCUCCCUCAGAACAUGACUCUCGUGACGGACAUGAGCAGCACGAACUCCCAUCUCCUGCAGCUCACGAAGAGCACGAUCCCCAUGCUGGACACAAAGAGACAGAUAAACCUGCUACACCGAGCCCACAGUUUGAGACAUCUGGUCCUACGGAACCAAGCGCGACACCCAAAGCAACUGAUUCGGAGGAAUCAGGCGCACUUGCUGAUGCAACAGGACCUGCUGUACCAAGUCAUCCAGUCGACAAAUCGGAACCUUCGGAACCAAGUGCGCCCGUGGACAAAGCUGAACCCGCAGAGCCCCCUGCUCCCAUAGUCGAAACUGGAGGUUCAGAACCAACUCGAGAUGAUGAAAAAUCUGAACCUGUAGUCCCAAGCGCACCACCUCUAAUUCCCAUGCCGGAUCCUGAAUCUAAUGUCGCUCCUGGUCCAAAUUCCGAACCUAAAUCUGAUUCUGGAGCGACUCCUGCGAUCGUUGAAAUACCUAAAACAGAUGAUGACAUCGUUGGACCAGCGUCACCUUCAAAGCCACCACAUGAACAUGACGACUCACUACCUAAUCCGCCGUUCCAUGUGGACGUUACUCCCGCAGAACCUUUCGUGCCGCCAUCAUUCCACCGUGAAGGUCAAGCAUCACCUUCAGAUCUUCUAAUCGAUGAUGUUCCUGAAGAGUUUAAGGGUCCUCAUACACCACAAGAGGUUGGCGAGAAUGGUUUGUUGGAUAACCUAGAAGAACCCCCUAAGCUUAGAAGAAUCAGCAUGGAUACUGACGAUCUUGAAAAGGCUCUGGAGAGAGGUGCUGCGGCUGUGGCUGACCAACUCGCACAGUGCUUGGACUCACUUUCGCUGAGUAAUAACAAUUCAGAUAACGAUGACACGAACAAGAAGGAAUCACAUGAGGUUGAGUCGAGCAAGGCUGAGUCACAUGAUGAUGAAGCAAGCAAGAAGGAAUCGUCUAAUCCGGCAGAAGUAGCGCGGAAGCUCAGCCAACAAAUGAUCGAGGAAGCGUCUACUCCCCUAGCCUCAGCACUAGCAUCAUCGCUGGCCGAGGGCGCAGGAACUAUUCAAACGGCCGUUGGUUCAGCAUACGAGGUUUCGGAAACCGUCGCGGAGGGAGUCAAGGAUGCUACGGAACUAGCGCAAGAGAAGAUGAAGGCAAUGCAAACCCGCUCAAGUCUUGUUGAGAACGAUGGUGACAACCGUCCCGUGAAAUAUGAAGAGACGGAUCCCGUAAUUGACUCAGUGCUGGAAACGGUAGCCACAGACUCAGACCGUGUCGAUCAUGCACUAAGCAACGGUGGUUCGGGAAUGGAGAACAAGGAGAAUGGGAAACGACCUGACCAUGAGGUCGACGAAGACGGUUUUCGUCUUGCCUCGGCAGUGACGGUGCCUCAUUUGUCGCGGCCACUUUUCUUCGAACUUGUAACGGUACCCCAUCUCCAUGGCAAAUGCACUCUCACCGAUGAGCAAAGUGCAGUCGAGUACUUCACAAAUAUUAGAUCGGCUAAUUAUAUACUCCAUAGUGAAGAUGUGUCUCCCGUAGUGCUUGAUGGAUGGCUUACUGGAAAGAAGCAGUGGUUCCGUGAUGAGCAGAAAUGUCGUUUGAUUCCUACAAGGCAUCAUAGCGCUCUGCUAGCGUUCGUCACAGCCCAUGCCGCUGAAAUGGAAGAACAUGGCCUGGUGAUGAACUCAUCCCUUGAGCAUAAUUCCAUUUCCAUAAACACAGAAGAAGGACGGGAAGACUAUCAUAUGAUAAAGAUCGAGCUC